AUGGAUGACUUAUUAACUCGAAGGGCUCUCUUGUUGAGCGAACUGGCAGAACUCGAAGACACUAUCUCGGUUUUCCGUGAGGCAGCUGGAGAGAAUGAGGACUUCAUGGAUGCUGACAGCGUCAUUCCGUUUCUUUCUUAUAGAGGUAACGAUAACGACAACAACGAGAUCGGGGUUGAGAACCAAGUGGCUAUCGACGUCUCUGAUGAGACCUUUUCCGACUUUCCAGACUCUCCGGAUACUACCUCCCAGGACGAGGAUAUGGAGAUGAAUGAGUAUUCUCCCCAGCCAGCACUUUCCAAGCUGUCAGUUUUGGUUACUCCAGAAGUUGCACUACACCAUGGUCCUCGCCAGGACUCAAGGUUCAAACAGGAUAAGUGGCUCUCUGAGAAGCCCCAUGGGUGCUUCUCCAGAGAUCUCCUCAAGUGGGUUUGCGGGGCGCGGCUGUAUAAUAAGCUGCCCCAUGAGAUGCCUGUCAUUUUUCUCGCCCACCCCAACGCUGUGGAAUUUCCUGCCAAUGAGCCCUGCGGCCACUGGGAGUUGCGAUGGGACGACAGACCCCGCCGAGAGCCCGGAACCAUUGAGCUGGAGCUGAUUUGCCUUGAUCGGAAGAACCAUGAGAAUUUUGUUGAUCCACCUGAACAAAAGUUUUAUCUGUUUGACAAGGACCAUCCUAGACCCAUCAAAUGCGGGCCAUGCUUCCUGUACAAUGCUUUGAAGCCUGACUUCAGUAGUCUGGAUGCAACUAUUCUUGAUCUGGUUACAUUCCGAAUGAUACAACCUGAUGAUGGGGAGGAUAAUGAGCCCGUUGAUGGGUUGGACGAAGAGUCUAAUACAAACUCUUGUGAUAAGCCUUAUGAACAGCUUGGUUGGACACAAGUGUGUCGGUAUAUGGACGCUUCCGGCCGCCAUUUUGUGACUCUGUUUAAUGAAUGA